GCCCCUGGCCCAGCAUCCCUUGGGAGGGAGCUGAGGGCAUUCUGCCUAGAGUCCAUGGCUUUAUGCAGGGCCUGGGUCUGGGGUUCUGGGGGCCCAUGAGAGAGGAAGGAAAGGAGAACCAGAGGGGGUUGGGGCUGGGGCAGAUGGCCCAAAGUUCAGGUGGGAGGCUGCAGGAUGCCUGGUUGUUUGGCCCUGAAGGUUGGGCAUGUCUGGAGUGUGUGGAGGGGCGUGCUGUGCUGUGCUGUGUGCUGUGUGCUGUGCUGUGCUGUGCUGUUGUUGGGGAAUGCACGAUUCCUGUCCAGUGAAAACAGGUUGCUUCUACCAGGAUUGUGCAGGGAGCCAGCAAGUGUUGCCCUGGGGCUGAGGGUACAGUUGGGGUGGGAGAGGCAGCUACUCCCUGGCAGAGGCAGGGCCUGAUCUGGGCCUGGGGCCUCUUAACAUCUUACCCUGAGCCUGGGCUAGCAGGAGCCCUAGAAGCCCACUUCUCUGAAGCUGAUGCCUGCAGCUGACCCGUCAUGGGAGGGGGUGGGGAAAUAGUACUUGUGAUUAGAACACACCUUUUCCAGGGCCCUGAGACCUUGGUUCCCCUUAACUCAGCUCUUCAAUCCAGUCCUAGAGAUGUCUGUGCUAACCCCCAUGUCCUGCCAAUGAGAGCGGCAGGGCACUGCGCACCCCUCCCACAGCCUUGUCAGGGAUGGCUCCAGAGUGAGCUGCCCUCAGCUUGGGGAGGUUUCAGCUGAAGCCCUCUUUCUGACUCCAGCCAGGUCUGGAGACAGAGAUCUCACUCUCCUCUAAACUAUGCAAGAAUGGGUGUUGUCGGUAACCACCCAGACUGGUCUGGGUAGGUUGGCCCAGCCCCCACCCCUGGGGGCACUCAAGAAACCUAUUUACCCCUCUAAACAAAGGGUAGGUCCUCAUCGCUGCCCUCCUUUACCCAGACCCUCCUUUGCCCUCUGUGCUUCCAGUGGCUGGACUAGAAAGAGUUAAGCUUUGUAAAGAGGGAGCCCAACCUGGCCCCCCAUCCUGGGUACUGGCAGCAGCAGCCUUGAAAAGAUCCGGCCUUAUUCUCUAGGGAAGGGGUAGUUAAGGACCCUGGGCAGGGGGCUGGAAGCUAAUUAAGGGAAUUUGAGGAGGUCCUUUAUGGCCAGGAAGCCACCCCUCCUCAUACCCUGGAGUGAGGACCAUUGUGUGAGGCCUUUGUAGGGCAAGAACUGGAAACUCAUUACUGGGAUGGCUUUAGUGCAGGUGGUGGAAGAUGGUGAGAGAAUUUAACCUGGGGGGCCCAGUCCUGGAGGGAGGCAGUGUGGGUGGGUCUGGGGUCGGGGGUGCUGAGAAGGGGAGUGAGGGCUUCUCGGGUGCCCCAGCUUCUCGCUUCCCUAUGAGAUUCCUGCCGCUGGACCCCUCCACUCUGCUGUGGCCUAUGGCUUUUCAUUCCUAUGUGAUUGCUGUCCCAAACUCAUGUAGGGCUAAAAGCCAUGGGCUACAGUGAGGGGCGAGCUCCUUCUCCUGCGCAGCUGCACCUCCCAUGGGACCAGGUUCGGAGCCAGCCACCAAGGGGCACCAGAAGGAGGCUUUGCUUGGGGGGUGGGGCAUCACGGGAUCUGGUAACCUGGGAUCGGGGCUAAGCCGUGUGACCUUGGCCCAGUCACUUCCCUUCUGGCCCUGCUUCCUCACUCUGGAAUGAAGAGACUGGGCCGGUGAUUCCAGAGGGAGAUUCCCUCUGAGGAAGGAAGGAGACCUUCAGGGUGUGCUGAGCUUUCUGAGUCAGUUCCUUCCCCCUUGCCAAAUUACUGAGGCCUGGCUUAUGGCCAGAGAUUUGGGGGCUGAAGUCAAGGGCCUCAGGCCAUGAAGACUUGGGCCUUUGCUCAGUGCCUCCAGGAAAACCUCACUCCUUCACUCCUUUCUCUGAGGUCAGCUUGGAAUCCGCAGCCUUUUUUCUGUGUAAGGAGACAUCUGGGCUCUUUCUGAGGCUGAAAUGGGAACACUCCAUGCCGGCCACGAGGGAAGAGGAGGUGUCUGCAGAGUGAAACUAGGAAGGCAGGUGCUCCCCCGAGCGACAAGCUGGACUCCAGGGUCCCUGGCUCCUGGUGUGCUACCAUCUCCAGGAGCUGCCCCCUCCUGCUGUGUGUGAAGGGCACCAGCCCUCCCUGCCCCCGUCCUGCUUGUCACUCAGCUUGCUUGGCUCCUCCCUAUGCCUGUCGCCACUCCCACAUUCCUUCCCCUGCCCCCUUUUAAAUCGGCCUGAUUUUAGCCCUCCCAUCCUGGAAGAUUCCAACAGGUGGCUGUGGUGGAAGAGGAAGCAUCCUCGUACCCCGCCUUCUACCCCCUGUUCCAGUCCCCAGUCUGUCUAAGACAGACCACUGAAGAAUCACAGAAAGCACUAGAUUUGGUAUUGACAAUCAGAAGGCAAGUUUCUUAUAAUAUCUCAGAGCCCUUAAUUUCACCAACCAACAUUUACUGGGUACCUACUAUGUACCCCAUGAUUCUAACUGCCUCACCUGCACUAACCCAUUUCAUCCUCAAGACAGUCCUAUCUACUGUUAGCCUAUUAUGGGAAUUCUGAGGCACAGGGAGCUAAGAAAUUGGCCCACGUUCAUAUGGAUAGGAAAGAGCACAACUGGGACGUGAACCCACAUGGUCUGGUGCCAAAACCCAUGCUCUUAGCACAUCAUGCUGCAUAUUGGGAGAGCCAACACCAGUGCAUGGGAAAGUACUCUGAAAACCAAGGAGUGCUGUACCCAGACGGGAGGUUGUUCUCACGAGAUCUCUAUUGGAUGCACGUCCACAAAUUGGCCCCGUGGCCCAACUCCAAUCACCCUUUGUCCAUCACUGGUUUUCCUUUUCCCACAGGAGGUCGGGGGGAGCGGGGGGAUCAGAACAAUAGGAGAAGCAAAGAGAAAUCCCAAGCCAGCUGGGUUUUUGCUGGGGCUGAUCCAGGCUACUUCCCCUCCUGCCCCAGCUUAGAUGGUGAAAGGAACAAGGCAUGAGAAUUGGCCAGGGUUUCUUACUUGCCCUCUGGGUUCUCUCACCCAGAGUUCAGAGAUGGCUGGCACCUUCCUCCACCUCCCUCAUUGUCCAGCUGCCCUGGGCCCACAGUGAGCCUAUCCUAUUCCCUACCCUGCUCUGAGGCUGUCCAGGCACCUGAUUUCCUUCCCUUAACUCCUGAUCUCCUAACUGGAAAGCCAGGUUAGAGCCAUGCCACCUUCCUGCCCCCUGCAACUGGGCCCCUCCGGGGAAUCCUGUUGUUCAGUUUGCCCGGGUAGUCCCCAGCACUGGGCUCAGCCUAGGAGGAAGGGUACAGAUGAGCCAUUCCAGAGAUUAUACCUCUGUAAAGCUCUAGCAAGGCAAGGGACUUUGUAGGGAUGGCUGAGUAAAUGUUUGUUGAAUGAAGUACGAACUGGGAGAAAAGAUGGAUGGGGUAAAAGAGGUAAGUUGCCACCAGCAGGGACAUAGAGCAAGCCCACAGCUCGGCAACUCACCCGAGACAGUCCUCGCUUUGCUGGGGCUGGGCCUGGAUUGCUUCUGGGGGUUACAAAGGUGGAUCUCCAUUCUAUUCUUUGUCUCUUGGCUACUGCCAAUGGGACAGGCCUGGAGAAGAUAUGCAAUUGUAUAUUUCACAUGAUUGUUCAAUUGCAUUGAAUAAGCAAGUUGCCCUCAUGUCCCUUCUCCCUGGAGGAUUCACAGAUCAGAGGGCUGUGUGUGUCCUGUCCCCUGCCUGCAGACGGCUGAAACUUUAUUCCCAGCAAUCUAAGUCUUUUUUACAGUCCUCAGAUAUACCCAGCAUAAGGCCUCCCUUGCGAGAGUGGGCCCAUGUUUAACAACACUGAAUUCAGAUGACUCUCUCUUAUUGUAUUUGUUCCAUUUUCAGUGGAAAUAGAGUUUGACUACUAAGCCCUACUCCUUCCUAAAUAUAAAGACUAUUGGGGAAAAAAAAGUCUCUCUCCCCAUCUUUCAAAAGUUUGACACUAAAGUUUGACCUUUGGGGUUCAUUCUGGCGCUGACAGUCUGGUCCACCAGAUUCCCAGCUGCUGCUGCCUGUCAUGUUGCCCACUCUUAGGGUGGGCCAGCCUCUGCCGAGCCAGGCUGGAAAACACUGAGUGCAGGCCACAAAGACAUUUCAGGACUAUUGCUGCUCUGACCUCUCCAGCUCCCAAGAAUCUCAGAACCACUGAGAAUGCUUGGCUGCCCUUGCAGUCUGGAAAAGUGGAGGGAGCUUUCUCCAUAGGUGGGCAAGCAAGAUACAAGGGUGGCUGGCCUGGCAAGCUAGGGUCUGUGGUCUCUGAAGGCCAUUGGAGGCAGAGGCCUUGGCCUGUGAUUCCAGAGAGCUCGGUGAGCCAGAGGCUAGAGCUCAGGCUCAAGCAGGCCAAGAAGGAGUUAACCUCCAAGGAGAAUGCGGGCUUCUCCCAGACUGGAGGUCUGUGCCCAGUUUUGCUGGUGCCAACUCCGGGAAGAAGUCCUGGGAUCUGUAGUUUGUGCCACCACCCACCCCUGGCCUGCCUGUUUAUCAACACGGUCUUGUAGACUACAGUUCCCAGAAACCUGCAGAGGCUAGGCUUUGGGGGAAGGGGUGGGGAAGGAGGCUCCGUGGCGGCCAGAGGGAGAGGGAGAGGGAGGAGGUGGGGAGAGAAAACCCAAUUCACCCCCUUCCUUUUUAAUUCUUUCUCCUGGUGUGUCUGCUCCACCGCCCGAGCUAAUCCCCCAAAUCCGGUCUCCUAAGCCGCAGCUGCUUCCCUUCGCAGUGAUGAAUGGCUCAGGGAGGGAAGGUGAAUUCAUAUUUUAAUUACUGAGGCGCGGUGCUAAGGGAGCCGGGGAGGGGGCGGAGGGCUCAGCUUUGUUCUAGAGGCGUCGAGGGCACACCCUCCUUACUGGGUCACUUCUCUUUUGCCCUUUACCUGGGGUGGGGGGUGGCGGGGAGUUAAGGUGGGGGUUGCCUUGCUGAGAGUGCCUCUGCUCUCUGCCUUGGGAGAUGAAGGGAUGGGUCGUGGGGGGCGCAAUAUCCCUCCUCUUGUUUAUCAGAGAAUUGCUGGCAUGCCCCAACACUUUUAAAUAGCUUCCUAGCCUUCCACCCCUGCUGCCGCCCACUUUGAUGAAGGACAUUGCCAAAAUUCGAGACACCUAGGAGUUUGUGGUCUGCAAGCCUGGGGCCCUGGAUUUCUCUUUAUCUUACUUUCUGGCCUGCUCUGAGUCUCCUCUUUCUCUUGGUUCUUCCACAUGUUCAUGCUGUCUCUGACUCACUGCCCCAUUUUUGCCAGAGGUGCAAGGGUUGGAGGACCCCAGGAGAGUAUCUGGCACAGAGAGAUGUGGGGGUCAGGCCAAGGGAAAGGAUCAGCAGGGAGGCCAAGGAACCUCCUAGUGGUGGGGGAGGAUGGAUGCUCUAUGGAUUGGCAUCUCUUCUGCUUGGCUCCCACAAAGCUGGCUGGGCAGAGCAUCGUCUGUGCCCCCAGACCGUAAACCAUCUUGGACCUGAGCUGGGAAAAAGCCAGAGAGGAGGAUGGGGAAGAAGCCAGGGCCAACAGCUUGCAGUCAGAUGCAGCCAACUGUGUGGUAGCAGGAGGUUUGUCCAGUGUCCACCCUGCCUCUCCAUCCUAUUCUGGGCUUCUGUUUUUCUGGGGGCUGUUUUUCCAUUCCUUAGUCCCUCCUGGACUAUGGGUAUGGAAAAGGAGGGGGAGGAUGGGAGGGGAGUUCCCAUGAUGAGCUCUGAUGAGUGGGGAGUGGACCCAGGUGCUAGUCCAGACUCCUCCCCCUCAAAUAGACGCAGCAAGGGGACCUGACUUCAGGGAGCCUGCAGCUGGUACUGGAGCCCUCUGCCAAGGGUGAAGGGGUAAAGUCAGGGAAGAGAGUCGACAGGACUCCUGCUCGAGCAAAGCAGAGAGGAGCAGAGACCACAGCCUGGCAGAGGGACUCCCCAGGUACCUGCUGCUGGGGACUCUGAGGAAGGAGUGGGGUUCAUAGCGGGCAGGGAUACUGAAAUGGGUUGGAAUUCUCUGCCCCAUAUCCCCCCACUUCAGGGGCUGGCCCGGCAAUCUGCAUGCUGCAGACAGAGCCCAGGCAACCUCCGGGACAUGGAGUUGUGCACCUUACAGUGAGGACCCUUUUAGAGACCCUGUUAGAGAAGAGGAAGGAUAACCAGAGCACUUUAGAGCAAAGAUCUGAGCAGAAUAACCAGGCCCUGUUUGUGAUAAUUUCUACUCUUAGAUACAAGGACCCAGGAAUCCCACUGAGGCAGCCAGCCCUCGAACACCUCUCGAGAGCCAGGCUACAGCCCCUAGCCCAGCUCCUGGCCAGCUUCAUUAGCUCUCCUUUCCUCUGAUGUGUAGGUUCUGGUUCCUGUGACCUCACUCCCCAUCCUUCCCUACAGUGACAAGCUGAGCAAAAAAAGCCAGGAUUUUCUUAAAUUCCCCAAAGGACCCUGGGGAGGAACGGGUCAUUUAAGGGGGUAUAUUUUGCUGUUUUUAAGAAAGAACAGUCAUUGAAAAGGAAGUGGGGUGAAAAGGAAAGGGGAUCGAUGCACUCUGGGGCCAGAGACCCUGAGCUGCACCUUGACCUGUUUGUGGGGCUGCUACCUGCCUGGCUUGUUUUAGUUGGGAGUUCCUUCCCAGAUUAGCCUUGUUGUGCCUGUCAAUUUCUCCCCAUGUAUUUUUCAAUAAUCAUGGGACUGCUUUGUUGAUCAUACCCUUGACUUAUAUCCCCAGCAAGAGAAGUGCACGUGUGACAAUAACUGAUUACACGGGAAUCCACCUGCCCUCCCUCCCGCCCUCUUUCCUGAUCAAGUUAGGAUUCCAGCCCCUUAGGUUUGGGGUCUUAGUGUUAAACCUUGCCUAAUCUCCUGGUACACUGAAAUGAGGUAAUGAAGGCCCAGAGAGAUGUAGCCACUUGCUUAGGAUGACACAGCAUGUUAGCAUCAGAGCCAGGAAUAGAACCCAGGCCACCUAAGUCCCAGAUUGGAUCCCUGUCUCUCUCUAGGUUUGUCACAGGAGGGAUCCAGAGAUAGCUGCAGGGGAUAGAUCUAGAAAUAUAGUAGUUGUGUCUUGGCUCUAUAUAUAUCCUGGAGGUUGCUCUCUGCUAACUAUAUAUACUCCACCAGAGUGGGUGUGUAAAUGAUGCUGGAAAUCGGGUUAUUAAAUAACCAGCCUACCUACCCAUGCUGACUCAAGCUGGGCCUCCUGCCCAUCCAGCUGGCCAGUGGAAAUGCAUUGCACCUAUUAAUUACAGCUAUUAGCUGUAUUACCAGGACGCCGAGAGGCUGAGGGAGGGGAGAACCUUGACAGGAUUUGGAUCCACCGGGCACUGUGCUUGGUGUGGGCCUCGGCUCUGUCUGGAGAAACACGAAGGAAGUUUUUCCGAAAGGGCAAGGUUGUCCAGACCAGUGGAACUGUCCAGAGAGCCACCAUCUGGGCCAUGCCACAUUCCUCAAAGGCAGUGAAACCACUUUGCACAUGUGCCUUGCUAGGGUAGCCCAGGACAUCCUAUGCAAUCUCUAUUGCUUGAGGGGCUGGAGAAGGGAGGCGCCUCAUGCUUCCCUAUUCCAAACCCCUUCAGCAUAGCCCUGUGCCUCCCUCCUUCCCCGCAGCACUUGGGCUUCACUCACCUGCUUGCCCCCAUGUUCUUCCUGGAGAGAGGAGUCAUUCAGACCAGGCCCCGGCCUGACCUCCACGCAGGGCGCUUUCCUUCCUUUGUUCUCAGCUUCUCCGCUUGAGUGGCUUGAAUGCACUUCUGCUCCCUUUCUGUAGGCCCAGGGGCAGAGGAAGGGCAGAGAGGUGAACUGGAAAAAUCUGCAGGUGGCUAAGGCUAGGGAAACCUAAAUGAGCCUUUGGAGAAAGGGAUACUCUUGCAGACUGAAGCUGAGCUCCUGAAGCUCCCUCUCUUCCCCAGCCAGACUGCAACAGAUGCCAGAGCGGCCCCUGGCUCCUGCUGAGGGCCGGGUCAGCCAGAGGUGGGGGACAGCGUGUCCAGCUGGGGCAGAUCCAGCCUCAGCCUCUACCUCAGACUUAUGUGCCAGGGAAGAAACCAUGUCUUUACCCUUUUGUAUCUACCUCUCAACCCUUUGCCCAGCAUAGGUGCUAAAUAAAAGAGCCUGUUGGCUAAAAGAACCCUCUUUGCUGUCUCUUCUCUGCAUGGUGAGGAUGGGAUUUGCAUUGCCCUGAGCAGUCAAAGGAAGGGUAUAAUUGCUCCCUAUAGGCUUUCCUAGGGUGUCAGACAACUUGGGGUUGUUAAGGAAGGGAGGAAUCUGACUCGGUCCCAGGUGUCAAAGUAAAGCUACACUGGAUGAAGGGGUCCGCAUUUGGAUGGAGGAGGGCCUGUCGUGUGUGCAACCUGCAGAAGCGAGUGGAAGCCCCCAGCUAGAACCUGGUGUAUGGUGGCACAAGCCGGAGGCUAUUUUAAGCCAGCUUGCUUCCUGUUCCCCAACCACAGAUCUCUGGUGAGUGUUCCCCCAGCCUGGCGUAGGGCAUGCCCCAGUUCACUUUCGCCUGCUUCUGUGGUCUCCACGGCUUCUGCAAAAUGAAGAGGAAGAAGGAGGAAGUUCACAGAGAGCGGGAGACGGUGGUGUGAUCAGAACCAGGGCCCCUCCAUCAAGCCCCCAGCAGGUCCCAGGCCUGAUGGUGCCUGCUUCUGGCUGGGGCUUGGAGCAGGAAGCCGUGUGUGUAUCUUAAGUCUUGAUUUAGCCAGUGCUCUUCUCAGCCUGACUCUCACCCGAGGGCAUCAGCCUCCUGUGUGCCUCUCAUCCUCCUCAUGCCCACACCCAUUAGCUUCCAAUUCUCAGACCUCCUUGGAGAGAGGCCCCAGCCACACAAGGGGGAACCCCAGGACCUGCCGCAUGCCUUCCAGAGACUGAGAAGCCCCAGGGAGGCCAAGGAGUGAAACUUCUUUCCUGCCCUGAGAGCUUCGGGGGACUCUUCUCAGGGUAACCGCAUGAGGCAUGUGCCACCCUGGGCUGGGAGAGCUGUUGCUAAAUGGGAAACUGGCAGCUCUAGCAGAGAACUUCCAGCAGCCCUGACCCUGGAGAAGGCGGAAGUGUGAGACUCUCCUGGGAUUCCAGGACCUGGGGCAAGAGUCCUUUUCCAGCCCCCUGCCAGCAUCCUCCUGGGCCAGGUGGGGCCAGGCCUGAGGUGGCCAGCCCAGUGAGGAGGAAGGCAGAGGUGGCCAGUGGCUCCGUGGCUCCCUCUGUUCUUGCUCUCCAGAAAGCAGUGUUUCCUCCAGCCCCGGCCCUGACCCACCCAUGUUCAUGAUGCCUGUGCCUCCUUGCCAGCGUCACAGAUGUGGGGAGGCCUGUUCCCCAGGCCCUGACUCCCCUCCUCAGGGACUGUCUUGCCGUGGCCAGACUGAGGGACCCCUUUCCUGGACUGAGCCGUGCCCUCCCUCGAUUCUCCUGUCUCCCCUGCCUUUUUCUUCUCUCCUCAGAAGCCAAAGAGGGGACUGUGUUUGUAUGUGGUGCCUUCAGUGGAAACUCUUAGGGUAGGGGGACCUCUAGGACCUUGCUCGACUUUUUCCCUCAUCCCCCACCCCCGCCAACCUUCCAGCUUCAGCCUCUGCCCUUACCCCCAGCCCAUUUCCAGGAGGUAGGAAGCAAAAGAAAAAAGCAUUUCCUUCCCUCUUUCCUUCUUCCUUCCUUCCUCUCUCCCUUCAUUUUGGUAUAACUUAGCCUUUUGUCUUUGAUCCUGGAGUUCUCCGGGGCUAGAAGACAUGCAGAGAGGAAUGCCAGCAGCAGAGAUGCUUCAGGCAGAUUCUGUAAGCCUGUUCUCCCUCACCAGGGAGCAGCUCAGCCAAGGAGCAAAGUCAGACCCCCUCUAGCUCCCCAGGGACAGAAUAGCCCUUCUGACAGGUAAACAGGUGACCUGGGUAGAGAGGGCAAGGCCCCAAGAUAGGAGAGUCUGGGCUCCCCUUUCCUUGGAAUGUGGGCCUCUCUGGGCAACUAGGGAGGGCAAAAGUCUUCCUCGGCUGGUUCGCCCAAAACCUGGGAGAAGCAAGGGCACAUUCUAUGCUGGCAGCCUCUGCCUGCCCAGCUCAUGCCCACACUCAGGGGCCUUUCCUGGGCUUUGGGCAGAUUGGGUGGGAUUCAGGUUGUCUUUAUGAGGCUUGAGCACAGCUUGAGUUCCUCCUCCCAUCCUCCAACCCCUUCCUUUGCCCCUACCUCCUAGCCCCCACCUUCUACAAUCUGUUAUUUCCUUUUAUAUCCAAAGAAUUAUAAACAGAAGUCCUUCCCUCAAGGGAACCGCAAGAUUCAGCAAUAAAGGCCAGUGGGGUCACAAAGGACAGAAGAAAAACUCCCUGGUUCUUUGUCCUCUUGGAUAGUAGAGGCCUUGGGUGAGGCAAAGAGAUGGGCAGAAAAAGUUACCUUGAUACAGAGGCCAGAGAGCCUCCUGGAGGGCAUGUGUUUCCCUAGCGGUCACCUGCGAGGCUGCAAUCCUAGAAAAGUCACUUCUGUGGCAGAGGAUGAAAUUGUAUCCCCGGAGACUCAGAGAUAUUGGGUGUUAUGUCCUGACCACACAGGCUCACCAGGAGGAAAGGUUAGGAAAGUGGAGAAAGUACGUCCUGGGGAGCGGGUGGCCGAGGAGAGCUUUCCCCUUGUGCGCCUCUCAGACCUUGGCAGGGAUUGCAGCUGCAGGGGUUUGGCAGUGAGCCCAUCCAGAGAGCUUCCUCCCCCGGGAGAACUCCCUUGGUUCCAGAGGGAUACUAGAUAUCUUGAGCCCUGGCUUUGGGAACAUGGGUGGGGUCCCAAGGUCAAAGUGUUCUGAGUGGAGGUCCAGUUGUCCUCUGCCUCCAAGCCGGCAGCCCCUUCUUCACCCAGGGCUGAGGUUGGGGCCAGCACUGCAGCUGGAAUUGUCUGAGCAGGAGGUAGCAGCUUCUAGCCAGGCACACCCCAACCCCACAUUCUAUUGUCCCUCAGUUUCCUUCUCAGGAAAAUGGGGACUUUGCUCCUUUUAGCAUCUCAGGAAGCAGUCUGGACACCUGUGCCCUCCUCUAGGCCCUUGGAUGAGCCCAGGGAAUAGGGAAAGGCCAAAGCAGCCCCAGCAUUCGCAGACCCUGCGCCCUGGGCCUCUGACUUCGGGCCAGGCUUCUGCUCCUUCUAGGGUGGGCCAGGCUGCCCUGCCUUCCCAUCCUCUCUCCAUGGUUCUCUCCCAGAGACUCCACCUUGAGGUGGGGGCCCUGAGCUCUUGGGGUGAGGGAGGGGCACAUGGGUAGAUGAUUCUGUGGAGGAGAUCAGGCCUCUUGUUCUUGCUGCGUGGCACUGAUUCCUCCUUGCAGAUGGGUGAGGGGGCCAGUUUUCCCCAUCUGUAAAGCGAGGACUUCCCAUGGCCAUUUUCCCUCUUGGGCUUCAGGCUGCUGAAUGGAAGAUCAAGAAGUGUGAAGGGUGCUUGGGGUCCUUGUGACUUGAGUGUUGCCUAGGACCCUGGCCCACAGGACCCAAGGGGCUUCUUGUCUCAGGUUGAAACCUUUUUAUCAGAAUGUCAUUUCCUUCUCUGCUCCCAGGGAAGGGCUUUUUGCAUGUAGCAUAUGGGUUCAUAGAAAUAUAUAGGGAGAUUGUUAUUUUUAGAAAAAAAAAAGCAAUAAUUAACUAACUGAAAUACACAUGAAGUGUUAGAGUGGGAUGCAAGGAGCACUGAGCUGGGAGCCAGGUCUCCUGGCUUCUAGCCCUGCUUGGAAACUAAUGACCUAUGUGACCUUAGACUAGUCAUGUCUUAUUUCUGAGACUCAGGUUCCUCAACUAUAAAUAGGGGAUUACAUGAAUUUCCUCUUAAGUCUCCUUUGGAGUCCAGGGCUCUGUGAGUCUGGGAAGUUGAGCCUCAGUGGGGCAUAGGGUUGUGGAACCAGAGGGUCGCAGGUUUCCUCUGCCCUCACAGAUGCACUCCGUGCAGACAACAGACAUAUCUGGAGGGUGGAUGGAAGUGGUAUGGUGGCUCUGAGAAGUGAGAAGGGGAGUGAGAGGGAAAGGCAAGUCACCCAGAGCUUCUGCUAGAAUCUUCCCCUAGCCAGGGCCCAGGACUCCUUGCAGUUCUGCCUCUCUUCCCUCCUACAGCCAGGCCCAAGGGGAGUAAGUCAGUUGGCCUAGACUCUGACUUCAGGUCCUGUCUAGGCCAUCACAGGCGCCACUCUCAUGUACGUUCUCACUUUCUCUCUGUCACAUACACACAGCAUCACCACCACCACCACCACAACCACCUGCAGAUAGAUGCUCAAGUGAUUCUAGAAGAGAUCUCAAGGACUGGCGCUCUGCUCCAGUUAUGUAACCCAUGGGCUUCCCUUUGCACAGCUCCUCAUGUGCCCAUCUCCAUGCUGAUCAAACCACCCCACCUCAUUCCUUGCCUUCUGCAAGGGGAAGUGCCUCAGGCUGGAGUUUGUCCUAUCUACAGACUGAAUAUGCAUUUUGCCCAGUGGCUGGAGAGUUGCUGGUGGUGGAAUGUGCUGGUGAUUGUUUCUGGAUGGAGAGCCACAGCCCCCCAGUGUUCUGCCAUGACUGACUCCUGACCUUGGCAAAUUGCCUCCUCUCUCCCAGCCUCCUCCAUAACAGGUGGCGAUGAGUCCCAUUUCCUCCCUACCUCACAGGAAGGCACGCAUUAUAAAGGGCACACUUAUCAGAUGUGCCCAGAUGUGGCUGGAACUUUUGGAGACAGAUACUUGGUUCACAACUGCAAAGGUGGGCUUUCACCAGAGAAGAAAAUCUCUGGGCUGCUGAGUUCAGUGGGCUCCUUGCAGGCUGGUCCAGGAAGUCUGGUGUUCCUCCUGAAGGUGGCUGCUAUGUCCAGCAGGUGAUCAAGCUGACAGUACCACAAGAACCAAGAAACAGAAUCUGUUCCCAAGGAAUGAACAUUCUAUCUCUCUGACCCAAAAGCAAGAGCAAGAGAGAGCUGUCACCAUCAUCACCCUGCUCCCAACACAAACACAGCCCCCCAAGUCCAUAUUGCUGACAAGGGUGUCUGCCUUGUCAGGGUGAAUCCUCUGGACCCCCAGGCCAUCCCUGGAGUGGUCAGUGCCCACUGUGCCGGGGUUAUUGUGGCCAGUCCGCCUGGGUUCGCUUCUCUAAAUUUCCAUGGCGUAGGAACUAUAGAUCAUGAAGAAGAAACAGGAACCUUGACUCUUCACGGAGGAGCCCAGGAGGUCAGAACCAUCCACCAGGAGGGUGAGCGGUAGCUGCCCAGGGCAUCCCUGGAGGAAGUCGUCAUACUGAAGAAGAAAUUGCCAAAGCCAAGAGCUCCCAGACCUGGGCAGCUCAGGAGCUGACAGAAACCACCCCCCAAGUCUGGAGUUCAAGGGUUUUCCUCGUGGGCUGCUGGUCUGUCUCUUUCCCUUCUGGGGCAGCCGUCUCUCCUCCUUCAGCUCAUUCCCGUGUUCCAUCUGAGGGGCGGGAGGAAGGCAGGAGGGGGAGAUGGCAGGACCCAGACAGAUCCUCAGGACUCUCCCAGCCUCUGUUGCCAUGGCAACACUGCUAUUUUUAUCCCGUUGUUCAUGAUGCUCAAAGCUCUAACUUUCUCUGUUCCAGAGAGGCCAGGCUGGUUUCUGCCCUCAUCCUUUAACACAGCAUCUUCUCCCAGAGGCCUGAGGAUGGGAAAAAGUGAUGGAGAAAAGGGGAACCCCUAAGGUCACCCCUCAGCCAGGGGGAACUGUUUAACAGGGGUUUGUCUCUGCCCUUUUGAGCCUUUGGUUUUCUACCUGGCUCAGGCACCCAGGUUUAUGUUUUCUAGAUCAAAACUCUGCAUGGUCUCCCUGAGAGACUGCUCCAGAGAGAAAAGAGCUGCCAAUCAGGAUGGAUUUUUUCCUACACAGGUAUGACACUGCAGCCACUUCCCUUCUUGGGAAAAUUAAACUUCAUUCUGAAGAAUGUCCUGUUGGUGGUAUAAGCCAACCCCCGCCCUCCUAAAAGGGGAUAGAUAAUUAAAUUUGGUUAAUUAGCAAUCAGAUUCACUGGGGAAUUGAAACCAGUACUUCCCUUUCUUCUGUCCCUCCACCAAAGAACCGGAACAAAUGGCUUCAUGUCUUUGUCCAGUCUUUCUGCCUAAAGCAAAAUAGCAUAUAUUCUCCAGGCUGAAAAGUAGAUUCCUCCUCACCCCUACUCAAGACGGCCACAUUUCAAUCCAGGCUCUUGAAGGCAGGGUCUAAUGAAAGGAUUUCUGUUCUUUCUCUGUCUGUUCCCUCUGGCCCAGCUUCUAGUCCUCUCCUUAUGUCCCCACCUCCAUGGCAGUGGCAAGAGACCCCUGAGAGUCAAUGGUGCUAACGUUCCCCACCUAUAUACCCCUAUGUAGUUUAUCGAGAUUUGAACCCAGCACCUGGGUGGCUGUGUUGGGCGGAUACAUUUCACAUCCUCAAGACCACAACCCUGGCGACAGGUCUGGAUAAAUUCUGUAAAGUAGCAAUCUAUAUCAUGCUAAACUCCUGCACUGAGGUUCUACCUCGGCUGAACUGACUCGUGGAUGGUUAAGUUUCCUGGGGUGGCUGGAACCCAUUUACUAAGCCUCUAAUUGGUUUCAUUUUGGCUCAAGUUGCAUGGUUUCCCGAAUCUAUGCACCUGGAGUAAGCACUUUUCUGGUUGCCACUGGAAAGCAUGCCGGCAAACGCUGCUCUGUUAAUUGCUGUAAUAAACAGACUUUAUUAUA